CACACACGCCACACAUGUACACAUGAGUGUUUGCACCUGGCGGGCUGCAGUGUGAAGCCAAGACAUGCACGUGUGGUGACACUGCAGGUGUGUCCCGUGUGAGACCACUGCGGUGUUGUGACGUCAGCAGCAGCACAACAAUGAGGCAGACCAAGUCGACAUGCAGUGUGAGUGCAGGGACAUGAAGACACUGUGUGAUGUCUCGCUGCACACAAGGAGCUUUUUGUGCACACAAGACAAAUCACAGGACUCACAUGCUUUGGAGGGAAAGUCAACUCAGCGUCCAACCAGUCUUCUUCACAGAGACAGAAGGACAGCACAGUGGACUGAACAUCUGACAUCGGAAGAACUGAACCACCGCUGCACCAGGAAGACUGAAACACACAUGGAGGAAGGUCAGCGAGAAGCAGAGGACUCUAGAGAAGACAUGUCACGAGACAAAAUAGACAAGGAAGAAGACACAGGGGAGGAGGCUAACCUGGAGGUAGCUCAGCUGCAGGGCCUGGUGGCGGAGCUGCGUGAGGGACUUCGUGGCUCCCUGGCGGAGCUUUGUGGGCUGCGUCAGAUGGACCACAGGCUGGAGGAGAAGCUGCGGGCCCACCAGACUGAUGUGGAUGAUAAGAUUAUGGGCCUGAAGAACUCGCUCAAUACUUUCAAGGAGGAGCUGAGUGCUGCCCUGCUCCACAUGGAGUAUGUGUCCAGCAGACAGAGGGAGGUGAUCCAGCAGGUGGAACAGCUGAAGAAGCCCAGCAACUCACACAGCAGGAAGAAUUCCAAGUCUGACGUGCUGACAUCACCAGAGGACGAUCGCCUCGGCCAAUCAGACCUCAGCAUCAUUCAGCGCUACUUUGGCGAGUCGCCACAGAGGAGCGCGUCUACACAGACGCCCGCCUCGGCCAAAAGCCCAGUGUGGGGGCGGGACAGGAACGGCAGAGAGGACACAGACAUGCCUGACAGUCCAAAUGAAAACAGUCUGAGACAGCAGGCUGCCCUGAAGCUGCUGGAGUCGGAGAGGAUCUAUGUGUCUCACUUGUCGCUCUUACUGAAGGCCAACAUCUCCUUCAACGGGUCGGAGGCGCUCACUGCCAAAGACAAACGUCCCUUUCCCAGCUCUCUGAGGUUCCUCAUCCAGCAGCAUGUGGACCUCCUGCACACCCUCCAGGAGCGCAUCCUCAGGUGCCAGUGGCAAGGCAUCAUGGGCGAUAUAUUCAUGAAGCUCACCAGCAAAGAGAGUGACUUUCUGGACUUGUACGCGUCCUACCUGAAGGAGCUCCCAGACUGUCUGGCCGUCGUCACCACGCUGGCCUCCAACGUCAACAAGUCGUCCACCUUCCUGGAGAGCGACGUCAUGGGUGACGAAUCCAAUCCCUCCUUGCACACGCUGCUUCUCCAACCCGUGCAGAGGAUUCCAGAAUACCUGCUGCUGCUGCAGGGUUUGCUGAGGCAGACUGAGGCCGCCCACCCCGACUACUACCUGCUGCUGGUGUGCAUCCAACAGUUCCGCACCUUCUCCAGUCAGUACCAGCACCUCCUCCAACACAACCAGGAGCUCCUGCUGCACAACCGCAAGGAAGUCAAGAGGAACCAGGCCAGCCAGGCCAAAUACAGCAAGCAGCGGCUCCUGGAGCAGAUUCAGUCCCAUCGCGUCCACGACUGGGAUCGGGACCCUGAAACUAACUCUUAUGAGCCGGAGUGGCCUUCCCAGCUCCAGUACUACAGUCCUGACGUGGACUCACGGAAGCGCAAAGGUCUUGGUUGCAUCCCAGAGAGCGAAGUGUCUGAGCGACCCUGCCAGCACCAUCCACCAUCAAGACCGUCAGAAUUCUGUCAGGUCCAACCAGGCUCCGCUCUCGCUGAUGCACUGGAGGAAUUCCUGCUCCCUGCGGAUCCUCCUGGGAUGGACAGUCUCUACGAGGAGGACAGAAGCUCCCUUCACGAUGUGUCCAUGUUCGACCGUUGCUCCUCCGCCUCUUCCGACUCGUCCAUCGACAUCGCCUUUGUCAAGUGUCCUAAAUCCCCCGUGACUCUGUCGCACCACGCCAUGGUGACCAACGUGUCCACAAACCGGGAUAUCUUCGGAAACGGAUACAACAAACAUCCCAACCGAGGGUGCGUGUCGCCGGAUGAGGCUGUCCUCAUGCGACACAAUCAUCACCGCCCCCUCCAGGCCAGCCAGCGCAAAAAAAGCAAGUCAUUGAACGGCCUGCAGAUGGACAGCCUGGCGAUGGACGGAGGUCUCCUGUCAGAGCAGAGGGUGGGAGUGGGCAGCCACGCCAAGCUGGAGCGCCAAGGCAGCAAGGGCAGCAAGGGGUGUCCCACUCCAUCUCGAAAGAGCCACAACUCCCCCGGGAACAGGAAGGACGCCGCCGAGAAGCAGAGCGAGGACCUUCACGGGCUGCUGGGCACGGACGGGAUGCAGCCUUGGGGGGAGGAGCCGAUGUGGAGGGGCGGGGCCGAGGAGAACAACCAGACCGCUUUCAGCGAGAGGAGCCGCAAGCACGACAAAGGAGGCUUCAGGAGCUCCUUCAAGAAACUCUUCAAGAAGAAAGGCGGCGAAGACAAGAAAGACAAGGCUGCAGAGAAUCAAGACAGUGAAAAGGACGCAGGGAAAAAUUCCAAAUUGGUGGACGUGAACAGAGGUACUGCGGUGUGAAGGCCCGACAUUACAAUUAUAAUCAUUGUCGGGUUUUAGUAACCAGUAUUGCUGUGUACAUGCUGCAAAGACAUUUUGUCCAUUUACAAAAACCCUAAACAGCUAAAACCCUAGCUAGCACCACCGACUGACUAUGUCUGGAUUUUUGCACAGGUUUAAAGCGCUCAUGACACCAAAACACAUGUUCAUCUUGUUAUUUUCGCAGUGAAAAAUAACUUUGAAUGCGUAUUUCCUGUGUUAGAAGUGCGCUCCAAUGUUGAAGCAGUUAAUCGUCACUUUUUCUGGAAUUGGAGGAGGAGGAGCAAGUGACAUUUAUGCCUGAAAUUCCCACCCCGAAGCUGCAGUCCACUCCAUUUUUUACUCAUCACAACACAAUAUCAGUAAUGCUACCAUUGUAUUUUUGUUGUAAAUAUCUUGCUUUCUUGACUCUGCUUAGUUCAUGGCCGCAUGUGUUUGAAUCUGGUUCCCACAACGUGUUCUCGCAGUGACCAGUGACGUCACGGUGGUGGGGCGGGGGGGUGUUUGGUGUCAAAAUCACUUUAUUUCAUAGUUGUUUAUUUAUCUAUGACAGCAGUAUGACAGAAAUGUUUCAAGUGAGUACUUAUACUUUGUUUUUUUUGGUGUUGUGAGCAUUUUAACACAGCGUAGUCCUUCUGAAAAACAUUCUAGUGUACUACGCAAUCAUAACCGCUACCGGCUGCAGUUUAACUUGAACUCAUCUGCAACGCCAUCCAGCCUUACGUGCCAUUAACCGGCACUCCGAUUUUUUUUUUGUGUUAACAUCAUCAUAUAUUUAUGCAUAUGUUUGUACGAUGGAGCAUCAGGGCCACAUAAAAAAAAAAAAAUAAAAUCGGAGGUUUCAAGAAUAAACUCGUAAAUUUCCGAGAAACAAAAUCGUAAUAUUAGAAGAAUAAAGUUGUAAUAUUACGUAUCAUACGUGUCAGAGGGAAUGUAGAGCAUAGCUCUUCAGGAAGGAAGGAAACGUUCCUCUUGCUUCAGGCAAGCUUUUAUUUAUGACAUGGCAGCAAACAGAUUAGCAUGGCUAGCCCUUCUCACUUCCGCCUUGCUUACCCCGCCCACGGCUCAUGCCCAAUGCCAACGGUCCCUCCCCUUUUUAUAGCCGUCUCAGGCAAUGCCUGCAAAAUAAAGUUAUCAUUUUUUCCUCGUAAAUUUACGACUUUAUUCUCGAAAAGUCAGAUUAUUUUAAUACUUCUUCGUAACAGGCACUGCCUGAGACAGCUAUGAAAAGGGGGGGGGGACUUAUGUGACUCAUAAGUUAGCGACUUUAUUCUCGUAAAUUUACAACUUUUUUUUGUACGUUUUGUGACUUUUCUCGCAAAUGUACGACUUCAUUCUCGAAAUCGCUGAUUUUUUUUUUAUUCCAAUGUGGCCCUAAUACUCAUAUAUCAUAAUGUCAUAUGUUUGAAUGUAUUCAAGCUAACUUUUUAAAAGACAUAUUUGUUAGAAGUUGAAAGAUGUGAAAUGAAGGUCAAAUAUUAGAUUUUUGCUUUAAAUUUUCCAAACAUAAACAUGUGAAACGUGACAGUUACAAAUAAAUGCUGUAUAAAUAUUUACUGACUAUCCUAACAUUUUAUCUCAUUUUCGAUUGUGAUGCUAAGCAAAAACCAGACCAGGUGAAGUGUGUGCGUCAACGUCCUUCUUUUUAAUGUUAACCUCUCGUCUCAUAAAUCUGUUACACUUCCGCAACAAAAUAUAGGCAAUUAUACAGUAUGUAAAACAAACCCAAUUUCUGAAAUUUUUUUUACACUAUGUACAUGUCAUAACGUGCGCAUUGUAUCAUGAACAAACAACGUGUGUGUGUGUGUGUGUGGGAGACGUGAAAGAAGCCACAAGGACAAUCAGUGUGAGUUUGUGUUGAGAUGGGGAGUAAAGAAUGAAUAGUGUUCACAUUUUGAACAAAAUGAAAAACAUUAAGGCCAACCUUGUCUUUUCUUGUGACAGAAGACAAUAUAUUUCCGUGGAAUGUCUCACUUUUUUGUCACAGAUCGGACAAAAAUCCCAUAUUUGUUUCAUCUACGACAUGAAAUGUGAGACAUUAAAACAAAACAAAAAAAAGUAACUACAAAGAAAAGGUGGCAAUGUGACCUUAGAAGACAUGAA